AUGACGGACACGCAGGUCAGAGACCGCCGCCCGGCCGACCUGGCUGGGCUCGAUGCCAAACUUGGCAAUGCUCAGAUGAAAACUCUAGGCCAUCUCCGCUUGCGAGAUGCCGAAACGAACGAGAUUAUUCUCAUCCCAACCCCAUCAUCCGAUCCCAAAGACCCUCUCAAUUGGCCACGAUGGUUCAAACUGUACACGGCAGUGGCUGUCUGCUUUGCUAUGAUCCUGUGCAAUUUCCUCGCCGCUGGUCCCACUCUCGCCAUCCUGCAGACAGCGCAAGAUUUCUUCCCGAACUGGAAGGAAACUGGAAUGGCAAGCCCGAUCGCCAAAACCGCGUACUUCUUCAAUUGCACCGCGCUUUUCCAGGGUCUGGGCAAUCUGAUCUGGAUGCCGCUCAUCAACAAGUUUGGCCGCCGUCCAGUAUACGUGACCGCGUUCACUCUAUACACGAUCACUGCAAUCUGGUGUGCGGUCGGCAAAGGAUACGCCAACUUCCUCGUAGCCAGAAUCUUCAUGGGGUUCGCUGCCGGUGCUGGAGAAUGUUUAGCACCUGUGACCAUCGCAGACGUCUUCUUCUUGCAUGAGCGAGGAGUAAUCACUGCGUUAUAUACUGCUUCGCUGAAUUUCGGAGUCGCGAGUGGCGCCAUCGUUGAUGGCUUCAUUGUCAAGUACCAUCCCUGGCGAUAUAUCUACUAUGUGGCGAUUGCCUUGAUUGGCGCCGUCACGCUGAUUGUGUACGCGACUUUCCCCGAAACUGCGUACAUCAGGAAUAUCGUACCCGAUGGCACUGUUACUUCCCUGACCGCUUCGGGGCAGCGUGUUUAUCGCAGUACUAAGAGUGAAGAAACGGGGUCUGCCGAACUUCAUGAGGUAGCCCCCGUGGAGGAGCCGACCAGUCGCAGUGCCGGCUUCUUACAGGGCCUCAAACUCUACCAUGGCAGAUAUACCCAUGAAUCUUUGUGGCAAAUGACAAUUCGCCCAGUGGGACUCUUGAUCCUGCCGCCCGUUCUCUGGGCGACCCUGGUGAUGUCCGUAACGAUCGGCUUCAUCACCGCGAUCACCAGCAAUGUUGCUUCAGCCUUCAACACUGCGUACGGGUUCGAGGCAUGGCAAUCGGGCCUUUGCUUUUUCGCAGCCGUGAUCGGAUGUAUUUUCGGUAUCGUCCUCGGGGGUAAUUUCUCCGACUGGGUAGCGGAUUACUUGACUCGACGCAAUGGUGGUAUUCGAGAGCCAGAAAUGCGCCUCCCAGCUAUCAUGAUCAGUGCCAUCACGGGGCCGCUCGCUUUGGCGUUAUACGGGUGCGGCAUCCACUGGAAGAUGCAUUGGAUUGUCCCAACCUUGGGGAUUGGAUUGAUCAACUUUACUAUCACCCAAGCUACAAACGUAUCUCUCGUGUACACGAUUGACAGCUAUCGUCCGGUUGCAGGAGAGGUUGUCGUUACGCAACUCGCUUUCAAGUCUGCGUUUGGUUUCCUGCUGGGCUUCUACACGAACCCUUGGGUAGACACUCAUGGCUACAAUGUGGCCUACGGCCAGAUGGCAGCCAUUUGUGGCGGUGUUAUCAUUUUUUGGAUUCCGUUAUUCAUCUGGGGAAAGAAGAUCCGCGAGAAGACUCUUAGUUGGCGCGUCAUGAGCUGGGUGCGAUGGGACGAUGAUCGCGAGGUGGGAGAGUGA